CCAUCCAUUCAGUCCUGCUCCAGCAUCACGCUGAGGAGAGAGCAGCAUCGGAGAGUCCGGGGAGGGGAGCCACCAUGCACGUUUGCCUGGAGAUUUCUUCCACUUGACUACCGUGGUUUUUUUUUGACAUUUUUUAUUUGCAUUUCCCCUCCUCUCUUUGUGUGUGUGGGUGUGUAUGUAUGUGUGUGUGUGUGUGUGAGGCUGUGGAUUAGUGUGUGUGCAUAUAUAUAAAUAUAGAUAUAUAUAUGUAUAUACAUAUACAUAUAUAUGUAUAUAUAAAUAUAUAUGUAUAUUGAUGUAUAUAUGUGUGAGGAGGCAAGGACACACUGCACAGAGCAUCCUCUGUUCUCUUAAGGAAGGACACCAGGACCUCCUCUUCCUCCUUUUCUUCUUCUUAUUGUGUUUUCCAUCUUUCCUUGGAGACAUGGAUCUAUGCCUGGACCCGCCGCGGAUUUGCCGAGGCUGGCGGCUUUUCCCCGUCCUCCUGCUCCUCACCCUCCUCUUUCGGGACCACCUGAGCUCCAUGCUGGACUGCCCGCCGACGUGCAGCUGCUCGCCCACCGAGAUCUAUUGCAAUAAGUCGGACAGCGGCCGCUUCUUCCCGCUGUUGGCGGUGCAGGAUGGAGCCGGAGCCAACGGCAGCGGAGCUGUGGACAUAGCUGACUUGUUCAAAAACAUCACAUCCAUACACAUCGAGAACUGGACGGGACUGCAGACGCUGCGGGAUGUGGACAUGGAACUCUACACUGGACUGCAGAGACUCACCAUCAUGAAUUGCAACCUGAGGGUGAUCCAGCCCCGAGCCUUUGCGCAGAAUCCACACCUACGCUACAUAAACCUGUCGAAGAAUCCUCUCAGCACUUUGUCCUGGCAGCUCUUCAAGCACCUUCAACUUGCCGAGCUGCGCCUGGACGGUGUGGUGUUCGACUGCGGCUGCAACAUACGCUGGAUCCAGCUGUGGCAGGAACGAGGCGAGGCCGGCCUUCACACGCAACAGCUGUACUGUAGGAGCGGAGCCUCCAAGAUGAAGCUGCACCACAUGUACAUCCAAAACUGUGACUUGCCAGAGAUCAGCGUGAGCCACAGCAGCGUGCUAGUGAUGGAAGGCGACAAUGUGACAGUGAGUUGUAAUGGAUCCGGAUCACCCCUGCCUGAAGUGGACUGGACUGUCAAUGGCCUCAACUCCAUCAAUACACACCUGUCCAAUGUUUACUGGCCCGACAUCCACUCCAUCAACUUGACACUGUUCAACAUCAGCCGUGACGACAACAACUUCCAGUUGACGUGCAUCGCUGAAAACGUGGUGGGCAUGACCAACUCGUCCAUCCAGCUCAACGUGCAGUUUCCCCCGGUCAUCCUUCGCCUGGCCGAGCCCGAGCAACGCCACGAUACUUGCAUUGAGUUCACGGUGCGAGGGUACCCGCACCCAAAGCUGCGCUGGUUCCACAAAAAUAAAGAGAUCCUGCACAACCAGUACAUCCGCACCGAGAUGGACUUCUACCAGGACUACCUGGAAGGCUGCCUGACCUUCCAGAACCCCACACACAUCAACAAUGGCAACUACACCCUGGAGGCCAGCAACUCGCUUGGGACGGUGAACAAGACGGUGUACGGACAUUUCCUCAUGGCGCCCGGCAUUGAUGACGAAGACGUGGUGGAGCUGGUGCCUUCUGCGCCCACAGACUCGGAUUCGGGCCGCCCGGACGAGGACACGUUUGGGGUCUCUAUCGCAGUGGGCCUGGCUGGCUUUGCCUGCGUCCUCCUUCUCGUCCUUUUCGUGCUCAUCAACAAAUACGGACGACGCUCCAAAUUUGGCAUGAAAGGUCCGGUGGCGGUGAUCAGCGGCGAGGAAGACUCAGCCAGCCCUCUUCACCAUGUCAACCACGGGAUUAUCACGCCGUGCACGCUGGACGCGGGACCGGACGCCGUCGUCAUCGGGAUGACUCGCAUCCCCGUGGUGGAGAACCCGCAAUAUUUCCGACACGGACACAACUGCAACAAGCCGGCCACCCUGGUGCAGCAUAUUAAGCGCCGAGACAUCAUCCUUAAGCGAGAGCUCGGCGAGGGAGCCUUCGGAAAAGUCUUCCUGGCCGAGUGUUACAACCUGAGUCCCACCAAGGACAAGAUGCUGGUGGCUGUCAAGACGCUGAAAGAUCCUAACCUGUCGGCAAGGAAGGACUUCCAGAGGGAGGCUGAGCUGCUGACCAACCUGCAGCACGACCACAUCGUCAAGUUCUACGGCGUGUGUGUGGACGGCGACCCCCUCAUCAUGGUCUUUGAGUACAUGAAGCAUGGAGACCUCAACAAGUUCCUCAGAGCCCACGGCCCAGACGCCAUGAUACUCGUGGAUGGCCAGCCGCUCCAGUCCAACGGCGAGCUGGGCCUCUCCCAGAUGCUGCACAUCGCCUCCCAAAUCGCGUCGGGCAUGGUCUACUUGGGCUCGCAGCACUUUGUCCACCGGGACCUGGCUACUCGCAACUGCCUGGUGGGCAACGGCCUCCUAGUCAAGAUCGGAGACUUCGGCAUGUCAAGGGACAUCUACAGCAGCGACUACUACAGGGUCGGAGGACACACCAUGCUACCCAUCCGCUGGAUGCCUCCCGAGAGCAUCAUGUACAGGAAGUUCUCCACAGAGAGCGACGUGUGGAGCUUCGGCGUCAUUUUAUGGGAGAUCUUCACAUACGGCAAGCAGCCUUGGUUUCAACUGGGUAACAACGAGGUCAUCGACUGCAUCACUCAGGGCCGCGUGUUGGACCGGCCCCGCGUUUGCCCCAAGGAGGUGUACGAUAUCAUGCUCGGCUGUUGGCAGCGGGAACCGCAGCAGCGACUCAACAUCAAGGACAUCCAGAAGGUCCUGUUCGCCAUGGGGAAGGCCACGCCCGUCUACCUAGAUAUCUUGGGCUAGAGACCGAGCCAGUACGGGAAUAGCCAGUCCCCCCUCCCCGCCCCCCUCACCGCACCCCCCUGCGUCACUAUCGAGGAAAACAACCUACAAAUGUUUGGGAAGGACUUAAGUGCCUGCAACACUUUUGGAUAUAGAGGAUAAAACAUAAAAACAAAAAAAACCAACAACAAAAACACGCACUUUUACAUUCUGUUUACUUGCUGUACAGGUUUCAAGACUUUUUCUUUCCCCGCGGGAAAAAAAACAAAAACAAAAAAACAACCGAAAUAUUGAGAUUGACGACAACAAAAGGGCCACAGUUUGAUAAGAAGAGUUAGAAUCCAUCUUGGCAUUUGGUUUUAUGAAUAUAUAUAGAAAUGUUACAUAUAUUUUAUAUUUAUUUCUUUUCUUUUUUUUUGGUCGCGUUUCCGACAGGGCAUCGCCCGCCCUGCCCGAGACACCCACGACCAAAACUGUUUAGACUUUUAAAAAGGAUGGAAGCCUUACUUUGCACUCUGAUUGGCUGCAACGCGACGCGGUUUUAACACGCAGCUGCGGCAGCAGGCGAAGGAGAGAACCGAUCAGACAAACAGACAAAUCUAUUUUAAUUUAAACAGGAAAAACAAAAAAGAGAAUGUACAUAUUGUAAAGUUCUACGUGUCAAAAGUUAUGUUAACUUAUUUUUUGCCAACUUUUAUUUCCCCCUCCCCCCCUCCCAUUCCUUUUUUCUGACUGUGAUCCGGGUGGCUCGCAAUUGGUGACGGGAAAAGCCACAAAGAAAGACUUUGGCGUCGUUCCCGCUACACUUUGCUUGGAAAAUAGCAUUCCUGUGGCCCGUGUGUUCACGCACACAAAUGCGCUGUCGUUUUUAGAGGGGCAAAGCAGCUUUUUGAACCAGAGCAUUGCAGGUGUUCUCCCUCCUCUCCCCCGCCCCUCCUUGCAAGGAAACUCACAGAAGAAACUUUAAAGUUGAAUAAUUCAAGGUUUUCUUUCUUUGCUUAUGCGCUUUCUUGCCGGGAGUUAGCCGAGGCGCUCGCUAUCGUGUUCAAGGAGAAAGUCACAAUUCAAGCGAGAGGCUCAAUAUAGCUCGGAAACAGGCUUUUUAAGCAAAAACAUGGCGAAUCGACGCACGUGGUGACCGCAGCGUCAAGAGCGGAGGAGUUAUUACUCUCGUUACAUCUAUACAUUGACACAUUUUUGCCAGCGGGAGGCUGCUAGUUUGCGGUAUUCAGUGAAAAUGUGGUGAUGAUGCGUCAUCAAACUUCACUGUCAUCCCCUACCCAAAAUGGGCUGACUUCCUGUGUCUUUGUGGGCAUGAUUUUUUUUUUUUGGUGGGUCUGCUAGUGGUAGAAAUGUCCAAAUGUCAAUGACCUUCGAGCUAAUUUUUUAUUGUUUUAUUUGACCUUGUGGUGUGGGGAGUUUCAUGUUUUUCUGUGAAUCGUCCCAACUUUACCGCCAAACUCUGCACACAGGCAACAACAAAAACAAGAUCCCACACAAUUGCCAAAAUCUGGUGGACCAUGAUACUUCCUAGCUGUUUUGGUGAAGAAACAGGAGUAGGCGUAUAGACGGCUAACGUCGUGCUAGCACUCUCUAGCACCCGUAGAAAGCAGAUUUAACCUGAGCGCACUGCAAGGGAGCACAUUUUUCCUUCUUUUCAAGUUAUCGCAACAUGCUGCCCAUUACUGCUGUGGAGUUUGAGCAAAAGGUCAGAAUUUACUCGACUCACAAAAAUUGGGGGAUAUUGUGCUCUCGGGGUGAGCCUAAAAUCGCUGUAACCUUUGCAAGUGAAUGUAAUUUAACCUUCUCAAAACGUUGGCGUGUGCGUUUAAGUUUUAGUACUAUUUGUGUAACCGGCUGUUGACUGGGUCGAGUAAAAUUGAAAUUUGAAAAGCCUCCGUCGUCCCUGUUGAUAUUUUGAUGUCAUGAGAUCAAGACUCCACCCUAACAAACAAGAUGAGCUCAGAGCGACGUAAGUGGCCAGCUAGCUUAAGAGCGACAUCAGCAGGAAUUGUAGAAAUGGGUGAAAGUCAAUAUCCUUAGAAAUUUCGGAAGAAACGUUGCGAAAUUUCACCUUAAAGUUCACUCUACCGAACUUUUGGAGAGUUGUGUAAGUUUGUCGGCAAAAUUUGAAGCGGACGUUGCAAACUUCAGUCACAUCGCUGUGAGGCUGCUAGCUAGGUCUCAACAAGCUAGCUCCCCACAAACCAGAUUCGUGCUUAAUUAGCCAACAUAAGAUGAACUGGAGAAAAAAAUUUUAUUUUUAUUUUUCAUUUCAAGACCAUUGCUUCAGCCUGUUUCCGAUGAGUGAAAACUGUGCAAACUGACUGUGUGCUUUUUUUUCUUGCUCCGUCUAAAUGUCAGUCUGCGAGUUCAGAGUAGUGUAUCUCUACCAUCGAGUCAUCCAGAAAAAUCUCGCUUGUCCUUCACAUUUCUUUCCUUUGUUCUUUUAUCAGCGAGCUACACGUCGUCGCUCCCGUGGCCUUUUGAGCGACGACAAGCUGAUACUUUUGCCUCAAGCAUGUACUUUAUCGAUCAAGCAGUGAUCAGUGAAUUGUGAUGGGUUUAUUUUGUUUGAUUAUUUGUUUUCACUCAGUACGUUUACAGCUCGCUUUAGUCCAGCUGAACGCUUUGGUGUCUAAUCGAAGGAGGAUUUGGGGCCGCAGGGGAAAAGAAUACAUCUGAGACAUUCAAUGUGGAAGAGGUGGUUGAGUUUUCCACAGAAAAUGCCCCCCCCCCCCCGCCAAAAAAAAAGAAAACAAAUGGUGACAUUGGCGAGUUUGCGAAUGACAAACCACUCAUCUUAUUUUUUUUUCUCAAGACUAAUUCUCCAAAUGGAAUUUUUUUUCUAUGAACUUUUUUAAAUUUUAUUUUAUUUUAUUUUUUUACUAUUCUGUAGUAACGGCCCAAUGGAGACUCGCUUUCAAUCGCGGGUGCAUUCCGGUCUGUACAUCUUGGAAUCCAGUUUCAGUUGGACUAACCUCUAAAACCGCCUUGUAAGCAUACUGAGUGACCAAGUGUUGCAAUUUGGUGUUAUGGAUGUUUUUUUUUUCCUCAUGGACUUUUAAGGCCAGGAUAGCAAGUGUCGUGAGAUAGAUCGAGUAUGGCGGGAUGACAUCCGCCCCCUCCCCUCGAAGCUUUUUGUGUAUUAUCUUGUGGUGACCAUCCCAAGACAUUCUGGCACAGGUUGUGAUCAUUUUUGCAGGCUCGUUCUCGGUGAGCUCUUUCUUUUCACGGGUGAACUCAUGGACCACUUUAUAGUUCUGUUGUUCCCCCCCCCCUCCCCCUCUCAAGCAAAGCAAACGUUGGCUUCUUCUGACCAUGUACGGUACUCAUGUUACAGAAUAUAAAAAUGUGAUAUAACAGCUGCGGUAUAUUAUGAUACUGGUACUCCAUGAUAGCUCUUUGUAUUAAUGUGACUCUCUCUCUUUCUCUCUCUUUCGCUCUCUCUUUAAGAAAAUGUCUUCAAAACAAUCAGAUGAGUUCUUUUUUUCCCCCUCAUUUUGUCCUGUGUUAUAAAGAUGUCUGAAUUUGACAACAACAACAACAAAAAUCAUCAUGUCUGCAUCCAAAUGUUUUACACACACAUUAAUUAAGGGAUGUUCUUGAAUGUGUCAUUAAAAAAAAGGUUUUUAAGAUGUAUAGAUGCAGAGAAAUAAAAGUCCCUCAGCGGGAAAAAAAAAACCCAUGAAACAAAAAAAAAUUGAUAAGGCCAAGGUGACUGAGUUCAAUUGAUAAUAUUUGUUUGUAAAUUGACUUGAGGUACCCGCUGCUCAGCCGGACUUUUCCGCAGUACUUUCAUGCGUUUAGCUUUUAAAAUGUGCAAGUAUUUGAUUAAACGAAAAGUAUUCAUUCAUUAUGGAAGACACAAGAAUCCUGUUGACUUUGAGUGUUACGUGACCCGAUUUGUAAUUCACAUAUAGUAAUAUAAUUCCUUUCACUUUUAGAAACUCAUGAUUCGAUAUUUUGACAAAUGGAAUCAUUUUAUGGGUGUACAGUAUUUAUAUUUAGUGUUUAAGUUUGUAUUGAAGGUGUUUUCCUUCAAAUUUAACUCAAGAUUUAGAAUCAUUUCGAGUGACAUGGAGCCCAUAAAAAAAAUACAUAAAA